AUGGGGGACCGGACCCGGAAGAGACUCCUCACCUCCCGGUCCCGGGUCUCCAAGGAAACCAAGCUCCGGCUCCGGGUCCUUUUCCUGGACGACAGCGAGCGCACCUUCGAAGUGGAGCAAAAGGUCUUAGGCCGAGACUUCUUCAACAAAGUGUGCGGGCAUCUGAAGCUGCUGGAGAAGGAGUACUUCGGACUGGAGUUCAGGCACCAUGGAGGGAACUACGUGUGGUUGGAGCUGCUGAAGCCGCUGGCCAAACAGAUCAAAUACACCGACGAUCUGUUCUUCAGGUUUAUAGUCAAGUUUUUCCCGCCAGAUCCUGGACAACUCAAGAGAGGCCUCACCAGAUAUCUUUUUGCCUUACAGAUAAAGCAGGACUUGUCUCACGGCAGUCUGACCUGUAAUGACAACAGCGCCGCCCUGCUGGUGUCUCACAUACUGCAGUCAGAGCUAGGGGACUACGACGAUGACCUGGAUGCUCAACAUUUAGAGAUGAAGCAGUACGUCCCCAACCAGGAAUAUCUGGACCACAAGAUCAUCAAGUUCCACAAGAAACACAGAGGUAUAACUCCAGGAGACUCCGACAUCCACCUGCUGGAGGUGGCCAGGAAGCUGGACAUGUAUGGCAUCAGGCCUCACCCGGCCCACGAUGGGGAGGGGAUGAGGAUCAAUCUGGCCGUCACUCACUCUGGGGUACUGGUCUUUCAGGGAAACACAAAGAUCAACACAUUCAGCUGGGCGAAGAUCCGCAAGCUGAGCUUCAAGCGGAAACACUUCCUCAUCAAACUUCACGACACCGUCGGGCCGUUGUGUAAGGACACACUCGAGUUCUCCAUGGCCAGUCGAGAUGUGUGCAAGUCCUUCUGGAAGACGAGUGUCGAGUACCACGCCUUCUUCAGACUCGCCGAGGAACCGAACACGAGACACAAAACUCUGCUGUCCUGCAAAGGCUCCAGCUUCAGAUACAGUGGACGGACGCAGAAACAGCUGCUGGAGUGUAUGGGAUCAGGGGAGAAGAAGCCUUCGCAUUUUGAGAGGACUUACUGCCAGUCAGACUACGACCCCCGGCAGUGUCGCUCUUCUCCUGAUCUCCUCACGGACGUCUCCAAACAGAUGUACGAGCAAUCCCGCCUCUUCACCCGCCCGGGUCAUGCGUUGGCAGUCUGCAGUCAGGAUGAGAUGGACCCCCACGAGCGAGGCGCUGAAGUCACCCGUCGGACUCGCCCUCUCACCAGAGUCACUCCUCUGUCUCCAUCCUUACACCCAUCAAGCCCUUCGUCCAAGCUGAGAUCUUCCUCCACGUCCGUGAUGGAGGACGCGAGGCUGGGACGAAUCGGGAUUCAGCGGCAAGCCCAAAGGUUAGCCGGCGUCUAUGGGAAUCGGUCACGGCGUCGACCCAAUCCCCAGCCUCACCCGGACGCCGGUCAGCAGCUGGUUCUUCUUUACCCAAACACUCCGGCCUACCAGUUCCACCCCAUCCUCCCAACAUUCCCACUGGCAAGUUCCUCGCCUCUCAGCCGACACCCCUACUUGUCGGACUACGUCACCGUAUCCUCAUUGGAACGCUUCCCGCAAGCAAGGAGGGAUUACGUGCCGAUGGACGGGUUAUCACGACAGCCUUUCUUCCCGCUAAGCCAGGAUUCGCCGCCAAUCAGGAGGCAGCUUCGCCCGUCCGGAUCAGGCGGGCUGGGCUUGAGUCGGGUUUACCAGCCAGGAAGCAACGGAUCGAGGCUUUUAGGCAUCGGACGAACUGAGCCGGGGCAUUACAGCGACGACUGCAACUUCCUACCUGGGCUUCCUCGCCGCGUAGCUAGCCAACCAGAUGUGAAGUUUCACCUUUCAAGGAGCACCAACCCUGCCUUUGACCCGGCCUCUGAGUUUCGCCCUCUCGGUUACUACCCCCAUCUGAACCGUCCUUCAAGACCCACCUACCUCCCGCUGAACUCCUCCCCGAUCCCAGAUCGACCCACCUCGCUGUGCAUGAUCGGCGGCACCACGGGAAACUACAGCGACUCGGACCCGGAGGUUUUCUACCCGUAUUACUGCAAACCACCCCCGCUUGGUAGAAUGGUUCGUCCCCCUGGGCUAGCAAGAAUGAGGUUUUCCUCUGGGAGCCUCCAACUGGACGAGGAGGAGGAGUGCGAGGAGGAAGACGAUAAUGGAGCGGCGAAGGGUAAAGCACCAAAGGCGUUGAAGGGGGAAGAAGAGAAGAAGGAGAACAUGGAAGGAACUGCGAUUACUCAAGUGACUCUGUAGAUAAAGACGAAAAACCAAGGUUCAUGAUGUGAUCACACUCACAACCGGACACCUGCAGAUCAAACAGGACAGGGUGGAUUUAUAUGUACUGUUUUUGCCUUGUUUUAGAGAAACCUCAGCUUCUUCAGUAGCCACAUUACGGGUAUAAGCAACAAACCUGGAAGCAACAAACAUGGUUUACAGAUAAUUAUGGUUAUGGCGUCAUUUUUUGUACCCGGGCAUUGAAUCAAUUGGGGAUAAAUAGGUCAGACGGACCGAUUUGCUGGUGCGUUUGAAUUUGUUAACAUUAAGGGUGACGUAGCUGAUUAUUUGUUAUUUUAUAUGAAUUGUUUUGGUGAAUGUGUGGAAAAAAAGUCGGUUUGAAAUAACAGAACUGCAUUCGCAAUUAAGGAUUACUCAAGGAUGUGUUCAAAUUAAAACAAUUAAACCAAUCAGACUUUAUCCAAAUCUCUAAGACAUAUUGAUGU